GGAUGCCUCGACAGGAGAGGAAUUAAUGAGACACGAGCUGCUCACUUAAAUGAUGAGAUCCAGACACCUCAUAGCACAAAGAAAAACAUAAAUCAAUGGACCCGUCACAUACUGGCGUGCUGCUCGAUCCAUGCGCAGGCAGGCCCAUGGAGACUCUCCUCUGCAUCUAAUACAAAUCUGAGGCUUGUGUUUUCAGCGUGCACCUUGGUCAGGCAGGCCCAUGGAGAUCCGGACCAAGGACGACGCAUGGCGCCUGCUGCUGGUGCUCUUCCUUGGCCAGCUCGUGGCCUUCUCCAUGGCGGCCUGCAGCUUCGCCUCCUCUUUCAUCGCCAAUCUCGGAGUUGACACACCACUCGCGCAAUCAUUCUGCACACAUCUCCUGUUGACCUUAGUUUAUGUGCCGAUCCUCUUGCGUCGACGACAGAAGCUGCGGAUACCUUGGUAUUGGUACUUAGUGCUGGCCUUCGUCGAUGUCCAGGGGAACUAUCUGGUUACCGAGGCGUACCAGUACUCAUCCAUCACCAGCGUAACAUUGUUGGAUUGUUGGACUGUUGUAUGGGCCAUCAUACUCACCUGGUACGCACUAGGCACGAGAUAUUCUUUCUGGCAAUUUCUGGGGGCAGGGACCUGUGUGGCUGGGCUAGCUCUUGUGCUCCUUUCAGAUGCAAAAACUCCAGAUACACAGGAUCCAAAUAAAACACCACUUCUAGGGGAUGCCCUUGUUAUUGCCGGGACAGUUUGUUAUGCAUUUAGCAAUGUCGGGGAGGAGCACUGUGUCAAGAAGAACGACAGAGUAGAAGUUGUCGCAAUGCUUGGACUAUUUGGAGUGCUUGUCAGUACAAUUCAGAUAUUUAUGUUUGAAAGGAAGAGCGUAGAAGCAAUUGCCUGGUCUCCAACAAUGAUAAGUUUGUUUGCAGGAUAUGCCGUUGCAGGAUUUAUGUUCUACACCAUUGCUCCUUUUGUCCUUCAGAUGAGUGGAGCAACAUUGCUUAACCUCUCGCUCUUAACAUCUGACAUGUGGGCAGUCGCCAUUCGAGUAUUUUUCUAUCAACAACAGAUAAACUGGUUGUACUAUCUAGCAUUCGCAGUUGUGGCCAUCGGAUUGAUCAUCUACUCACUGAAUGAGAAUUCUUCGGCUGAUGCAACAGCUACAAGUACAGAAGCAGCCGCUCACUAUCAACUACUUCCAAGUGAGGAGAGCUCAAUAGGAAGUGGUUCCAAUUUGGACAGAAAAGAAAGGAAGCAACCAGAAGCUCACAUCUGUUAAGGCCGCCAAUGUACAAAGUCAUCUCCAGGUUGCAACAGCGAAUUUCUGAUUGAGCCUGGGCUGCCACAUCCUUGCAAGUAAGGACAGCUGCUCCGGAGAAGCAACAUAGGUAUCAUGUGAUACGCUACCUGCAGGUUCAUAAAAAAGUGUCUCUGUCUCAGUCGGCCGAGAAUUAACUAAUUGUCAGUUGAUUUUACAAAUCUGUGCAUACAAAUCUAAUACAAUGUUUACCAUUAAAUAAUAAUUUGUUCAUCUAGUGUGAAAAGUUGCA